AUGACUGACGAUUCAGUUACGGCAUGGGAGCUUCUGGAGAAACAGCAGGCUCUCGAGAAAAUGGCUGCGGAAAAGUACCCGUGGAAUCCAGAUGAAUGCACGCGCCAUAUGGGAGUGCAAAGGCAGUUGCUCUACGUGUGCCAGACAUGUCAAACAGCCAGCGGCAAACCCAAUGCAAUCUGUUAUAGCUGCAGCAUACGGUGCCACACCGACCACGAUCUUGUUGAACUCUUUUCCAAACGCGCAAUUACCUGCGAUUGUGGAACGAAUCAAAUCAAAGGCGACCCGUGUUUUCUGCGCAAAAUUGGCGAGCUAGAAAAGAGCGAUAACGCGUUUUAUGGACACAAUUUCAACAACCAAUUCUGUGAGUGCGACUCAGAAUACAACGAGACAGAGCCCGGCAUAAUGGUCCAGUGCCUGGUGGGUACACAAUGCCAGGAAGACUGGUUCCAUGAGCGGUGCAUUUUGGGGUUGUCAAUCGAAGAGGAGAAAGCGGCCAGAAAGGCUCUUUCAAAACCGGUAGAGUCUAGCGGUGUCAAUCUACUUGAUGAACUGGAAUCAGCACACAAUGUCGAGCACAGCGAGGCCAGCGAAGAGCCUGAAGCAACUGGGGCAUUUACUACUGACUCUGAGUCGGAGGACGAAGAUGAAACGCUCCCGGGAAUGCCCAACGCUGGAGAAUUCGAUGCUUUUAUUUGUUGGAAGUGUCUUUCUGCAGACGACUUUAGCGAAAUUCCAGGUAUUCGGGUCGACCGCGUGACGUGGACUGCGACAGAUUCGGGCAAACGAAACAAAACCGUGCAGACCAGUUUAUUUCUACGCCACGGCUACGAAAAGGCGAUCUCAGAGCUUGCAAAAGACAGCCCCGCAGUGCUCUCUCUAGUGAAAAAGCACCCUUUCCUUGUCGAACCCGAACAAACCUACGAACCUCCGCAGGACGACGACGCCAACUCCUCAAUUUUCGAGGCCGGCGAACGAGCGCUGCAGAAUCUCCCUCGCGAGUACGCAAACAACGGUAUCAAAGCAUACUCGAUGAUGCGUGAUAAACUCACAAAGUUCUUGGCCCCGUUUGCUUCGGAAGGUAAAGUCGUCACUCAGCAAGAUGUAGCAACGUUUUUUUCUUCGUUAAACUAG